AUGUGUUUGUGUACCCAAACGUGUUCUACAUUUACAGCCGCACAAUUAUACGCUGAAAGAUAUCCCAAUAGAUAUCAACCAGCGCAUAAUUAUUUUUUAAGGCUCGAAAACCAGAUCCGAACUUAUGGUUCAUUUGGAAAUAGAGGUAAUCGUCGUCAAAUACCACAAGCACAGGCUGAAGUUAACGAAGAAACUGAAAUACAAGUAUUGGCAUAUGUUCAAAUUAACCCACGAUCAUCCAUACGUCAUGUUGCAAAUGAAGUUGGAAUUAACCCACGCAAGGUACAAGAUGGUGCUCCAGCACAUAAUGCUAUUAUUGUUAGACAAUACCUCAACGAUCAGUUUGGAAAUAAUUGGAUGGGAACAAAUGGAUCGAUACCUUGGCCAGCGCGUUCACCAGAUUUGACACCACUUGAUUUUUUUCUUUGGGGUCAUUUAAAAACUGUAGUUUAUGCUGACCCACCAAUUAACCUUCAGCAUUUAAAACAAAAAAUCACCGAAGCAUGCUCAAAACUGACCAAGGAACAAAUAACGGCAGCUUCUCAAGACGAAGUUAACCGCCGCUUACAAUCAUGUUUACUUAACAACGGGGAAAACUUCGAACAAUUUAUUAGGUGA